AUGGCGGCAGGCAUGCCACUCACUCUGCUGGUGCUGCUGCUUCAGGGGCCAGGCGGCUGGGGCCAGGCAGAGCCUCCAUGGGACACCCUGUGGGAGGAGCUCAUUAACACCCCACUGCCUGCCAGGAACGUGGCUGCCACCUUCCAGGGCCCCUGGGCAGGCCUGCUGCUGCUGUGUCUGCUGCGCUGCCUCACCGACCCCACCAAGGGCUGCCGCAUGCUGGCUGCACACCUGCUGGCACUGGGACUGUGGCAUGCCGCGCACCUCCGCAAUGCCCUGCUGCAUCUGCUGCCCAUGCUGGCAGCAUGUCUGGCCAGCCCAGACCCGGGGCCAUGCGAGGAGCCACCGGAGCCAUGCGAGGAGCUGUACCUGGUGCUUGUGUGGCUGCUCAGCAUAGCCAUGGAGCUGGGCAGUGCAGCAGCCAUGCCACACCUGGAUGACAUGGUGCACAUGCUGAACUGCACCCUGCAUGACCUCUCCACUGCCAUGCACUGCAAGAGCUGCAUGUGUGCUGCCGCCCUGGUGCAGGCCAUGCCGGACCACUUUCACCUGCAGGCCAAGGCCCUGAUUGUGCCGCUGAUGCACACCAUUACCUGCCACCAGUACCAGGAUGUCAUCCUUGGCAGCCAAAAGACCUAUGCAGUCUAUCUGCUCAACAUAGCCCUGAUCAACACCUCCCGCAACCUCAACCUCCAGCUCAAGUGGAAGAGACCCCCAGAGAGUGAGGCCCCACCAGUGCCCUUCCUGCAUGCCCAGCGCUAUGUGAGUGGCUAUGGGCUGCAGAAGGGGGAGCUGAGCAUCCUGCUAUACAACACCCACCCAUACUGCACGUUACCCGUGCUGCUCUUGGACACCGUGCCCUGGUACCUGUGGUUCUACGUGCACACACUCACCAUCAUGUCCAAGGGCAAGGAGAACAAACCAAGUUACAUCCACUACCAGCUUGCCCAGGACUGCCUGCAGCCCCACCUCCUGGAGAUGCUCAUUCAGCUGCCUGUCAGCUCAGUCAAGGUCUCCAUCCAGUUUGAGCGGGCCCUGCUCAAGUGGACCAAGUACACUCCAGACCCCAACCAUGGCUUCUAUGUCAGCCCAACUGUCCUCAGUGCCCUUGUGCCCAGUGUGGUGGCAGCCACACCAGUGGACUGGGAAGAGAGCCCCCUCUUCAGUACCCUGUUCCCAGUCUCCAAUGGCUCCAGCUACUUCGUGUGACUGUACACAGAGCUGCUGCUGGUGAGCCUGCCCACGCUGGACUUCAGCAUGCCCUAUAAUGUGAUCUGCCUCAUGUGCACUGUGGUGGCCAUGUGCUAUGGCUCCUUCUACAACCUCCUCACCAGAACCUUCCACAUCAAGAAGCCUAGCACCAGUGGUGUGGCCAAGAGGCUGGCCUAA